AUGGAAAAUCUUUUUACCAGAAAAGACAUUGAAAGAAAAAUUGGUGGAAUUGGUCAAGCCAUUGUUCAAGCAGUUCAUCCUAACUCAAUCGCUGCGCCACUUCAACUUGGAUUAGCAAUAACCCUUCAUCAUUCAUUUGGUUCACGACAACUUAUAGAUUUACUUCAUCCACUGGGUUUAUGCUCAUCUUAUGGUGAUGUAGUUUACUUUGAACGUAAUUCUGCAGUUGAAAUUAACACUGAUUUAGAGGGAUAUUCUCCUCAACUUUCCGUCCAACACAUCGCAGAUAACACAGAUCACAAUAUAAUAAUAAUUGAUGGGAAAGGAAUAUUCCACGGAAUGGGAAUUAUGGCCGCAAUGUGCCCAGCUCCAUUGUUGAGAAAGAAAGCUAUUCCUUGGAACAGAAAAAUUACAAAUGAAGACAUAUUAAAUGCUGGAAAAAUUCCAAUCAUUUCCUACCGUGGGGACAACAAGGAACUUUCAAGAAUUUACCAUAACACCCAACUUUCUUUAAAAAGGAAUGAUAACGGAACGUGACUCGAUUUAUUCUGGCACUGCUCUUGGUUUUUUGGUUCAAGUAAUAGACCUGGAUGGAAAGGAGUAAUGCAACGUGCAGUAAAAGGAAGUAGCAGAGGAAAAUGU